AUUUUUAUUUUAGGAUGCCUCCCAUGUCUCUCUAACUAAAUAUAACCUUUCUAUUCUAUUAAUAAGAAACGGAAAACUAAAUAAUUCAAAUUUCUUUUGAAAAAAGGUAUAGCCUUAAGUUUGGAACACCAAGCAACAUCUAAAAAAAUAUCAAAAGAACCAUUUUCUAACAAAAGCGAAUCACAACGCAAAAAACCAACAAUAACUGGAAUUGGUUUAUCGUUCACUUAAAUGUGCUUCAUUAAAAAUCCAUCAAAAAGAUUCAUCCUUUCCAUCAACAUAUUGCUUUUCUUUUCUUCAUAGAAUCAACUUAUUUUAAUUACAGAAAUAAAAAUGGGUUGUGGAAAAUCAAAACACGAUGUUGUUACGGGAAACACCAGGACGGUUAGAAAACCCUUAGAUGCUGAAUCAGUGAAGGGUAAAGAAAAUGAGACAAUAAGAAAACAAGAAAGCUGCCAAUGCCAGAAAAGCACCGACGUCGCCGCUGCGGUUUCUGCAGACCGGCCAGAUACCACCUUGGAAAACAAUACCAAGAAGGAAAAAGAAACUAAAGUAGAUUGUGGAGAGAAGCCAGAGGAAAGGGAAGCUGGGGAAGAUGAACACAAAGCAGAGGAAAAGGAAACCACCAUUUUGCCGCCGGUAAUGGCAGUAGUGCCAGAAAAUAUUGUGACGGAGGAAACAUCCAACGACGUAAAUGAGAACGUUUUGAUUGUGGAUAAACAAAAUGCAGAGGAAGGUGAUAUUGAGACGGUGGUCGAAGAGGAAAAAAGUAUCGACGAUAAAAUUUCGGGUGAUGUCGACACUGAAAUUUCACCUCCUGAGAUUGAAGAACCAAAACCAGAUGUACAAACUUCGGAAACAACAGAAUCAGAAGUUCAAGAUACUUUAACUACAGAGAAUGUAGAUAUUGUGGCAGCAGAAAACGUAGAAACUGCGUCCACAGAUCACGAUGAAGUUCCGGUUUUAAAGGACGAAGAUAAAGUUGAUCAUGUAGAGGAAAAUCUGGCAAAGGAAGUUGAGUCGGCAUGAACAAAACAAACAUAUCGAUCAACUUUAAUCCAUUUAUAAAAACACUCCAUGCACCACAAAAUCAAAUCUAUUGUUUCUUUAUUUGGUAAUAUAUUUGAAAAACGAUAUUCAAUGACUGUAUUUUGUUUCGUUUAAACAUAUUUAUCACUUUUGGUGGAAAAACAUAUUUAAAACUUUAAUAUAGAUGGAAUAAAGGUUUGAUUGUUUUAGCAGGAAAAAAAAAUCGAUUGUUUGUUGUUACAAAUCAAAGAUGCACAAAUGAAGAAUUGAAGGAACUUUUGUGUGUUAUUGCAGAAUGUUUAUACACACAUAUACACUACAAGACCUUAUUCUUGCUUGCCUAUUCUC